CUCGCUUAGCAACCGAAGUGUUGGGCUCAAUCGUAAGUCGAGGACUUACCUGUAUUAGCAAUUGUAGCAGUUGUUCCACUCUGAGGAUGAAGGUUUGUAGCCUAACGUAUCUGGAGGAGACUAGAGACGAGUUUCAUGUGGAAUUACCCUGGAUACUAGUUGCAAUGGGGUCGUUCCACUCGGUGGACACCAGUAACUAUUGCUCCAGGAAGCAGAAAGGGAAUGAUGAGGAUUUGUUGACCAAUAAAGACCGAGAAGAAGAUAUUGCCAAGUUUCCGUAUGUGGAAUUCACUGGACGAGACAGCAUCACCUGUCCCUCCUGCCAAGGCACUGGCUGCAUCCCCACAGAACAAGUUAACGAACUGGUUGCUUUGAUUCCGUAUCAUGAUCAAAGAUUAAAACCUCAAAGAACGAAGCUCUACGUCUCUGUGUCGGUGCUGCUCUGCCUUCUGGCAUCAGGGUUGGUGGUCUUCUUUCUCUUUCCACAUUCAGUGCUUGUGGAUGACAAUGGCAUCAAAGUGGUUACAGUCUGGUUUGAUGAAAAAAACUCCCUUGUCAUUCUUUCCAUCACGGCCACUCUUCGGAUCCGGAAUUCCAAUUUCUAUUCUGUAGCAGUGACCAACUUGUCCAGCCAGGUGCAAUACAUGAACACUGUGGUUGGGACCCAACAAAUCAGCAAUGUUACUCGUAUCCAGCCACUGAGUGAUCAGCUGGUGAAUUUCACCAUGAAAGCUGAAAUGGGUGGACCUUAUGUAUAUUUCUUCUGCACACUACCAAAGAUCCGAGUGCACAAUAUUGUGAUUUUCAUGAGAACUUCAGUGAAAAUUUCCUACAUUGGCCACAUAUCUCAAAGUUCUUUGGAGACCUACAAUUACGUUGACUGUGGCGCCAACUUCACAGCUGCCCAUACUGGCCCUUAAUUCCCAACUCUAAGAGAUGAAACUCAAGAGAAGGGCAAUUUAAAUCAGCGACAUAUACUGGUGAUCCUAACCAACUGGCUUCCAUUACUCUGUAACUUAUGAUGGAAUUUUGUGUCUUUGUUAUAAAGAGAAAGAAGAGGCUGUUUUAGCCCUUGGGGUAUGGGCUGGGUAUGUAGUCUUCCUUCCACAAUUUUGCACGGACAGUUGGGCUGCGCCUUGGUGCUGAUUUGAAGAGGAUUUGUUUAAUCCCAGUCCCCAUCUUCUCUUCAAAUGCUAGUUUGUGCUUUUCUUGUUAUUCCUCAUUGACUGACUUUGCUUCUGAAUAAGAUUUGUAAUGUUUACAGGUUUUUCCAUAAAAAUUUAAGAAGGGAUAAGUUUCUAAAAAUGUGCAGCUGGCCUACUAACCACGAAACAUAUUUCAAUGACCUUCUGACAUUACUGCCAAUAAAGGAGCUAUUGUCCAAUUGUGCAAAGGGAAAUAAUCUUGAAUAAGUUUUCUGCGUACUCUUUAAAACUGUCUUGCUUAUUGUCAGAGAAACCAAGACUAUGUAUCGAAUAAGCCCCACUGAAACAUCUGAAUGUAGCAAGUUGCACUCUCAUAAAUAUGUAUCUUCAUUGAUAUAACUUUUAAAAUUACUUUCAUAGUUACUUUUAAAACUACUUUCACAGUUAGAAUAGCACGCCAUUCUAAAGAGCACAAGACUGAAUUAAGAAUUCUCAUAUUUGCUGAAUCUACAGCAUUUUGGUUUUUUGUCUACAAGAAUGAGCAUCAUGGAAGGGUUCUUCACAUUUUUACAGAAGCGGUGAGCACUUCUUAAACUGUGGAUCUCCAAAGUUUCUGAAUUGGGAUGACAGUGGCUUAGAUGGCCCUUAUUAUUAGCACAGAGGAGUUUCAUUGUGUAGAUUUUGGUAGGGGUGGGAAUACUUGUUUUCCACAAAAAGAGAUGGAUGUUAGUGUUGCUGUGUAGUACUGCUUCUUAAAAAAGAUUAGUGUGGGAUAUACAUUUAAAAAGUAACAUUGGAAUUGGGCAAAGAUUAUGUAUAUAGGAAAUAGUCUUAACUUUUUCAAAUACCAAUUAUAGCACUUAAAAAGUUUCGGCAUUCUAACUCACCUGCUACAGUCUCUUGAAGAAGAAAAAGAAACCUAUUUAAAUUUGAAGUAAACUUUAAAUUUUAUUUGUUACUCUUUCAAUGAUGGGGGAAUUUAUGUUCAUUUAGAACCUGUACUUUUUCAGUUUGGCAGACUGGAUUCUUAAAAUGAAGAAUAAACCCUUAAAUC